AUGGCCGACCGAAAAAGGGCCACCGACUACUUCAUAGACAUUGUUGUCUUUGCUGGCAUGACAGCAACCCUUUACUUUCUGACGAAGAACAUUUUAUCUUCUCUAUCAUCGACACUGGGCGACCCAGACAAGGAGAAGCACGAACAGGCUCGAUUAAGAGCAAAGGCGAACCUCCAGAGAUUGCGCAAGAUACAAAACAGCGAUGGCACAGCAAAUGGAGAGGCCGAAGAUGGCGAAGGUGGUCAGAAAAACGGCCCGGCUGUCGAGGAGCUGCAGUUGAACGAAUACGAAAACAUGAUUGCGAUGGAUGUCGUUGCGCCGGAGGAUAUAAAUGUUGGAUUUGACGCUAUCGGCGGCCUGGAAGACAUUAUUGAAGAGGUCAAGGAGUCGGUCAUCUAUCCUCUGACAAUGCCUCACUUAUACUCACACGCUGCUCCACUUCUGUCCGCGCCAUCGGGUGUUCUUCUCUAUGGGCCUCCUGGCUGCGGAAAGACGAUGCUUGCCAAGGCCGUUGCGCAUGAAAGCGGUGCAUCCUUCAUCAACCUACACAUCUCGACCCUGACGGAGAAGUGGUAUGGAGACUCUAACAAGCUCGUCCGAGCUGUCUUCUCGCUGGCCCGGAAGCUCCAACCCGCUAUCAUAUUCAUUGAUGAGAUCGACGCCGUCCUGGGAACCCGAAGGAGUGGAGAGCACGAGGCCAGCGGCAUGGUCAAGGCAGAGUUUAUGACUCUCUGGGACGGAUUAACGUCGGCCAAUGCGUCGGGGGUUCCCUCGAGGAUAAUGGUGCUGGGUGCAACGAACCGAAUAAACGAUAUCGACGAGGCAAUCCUAAGGAGAAUGCCCAAAAAGUUCCCCGUACCGUUGCCCGGCACAGAACAGCGCCGGCGCAUCUUGGAACUCAUUUUGGGCGAAACCAAGCGGGAUCCUGAGCACUUUGACAUCGAAUAUAUCGCAGCCGUGACGGCGGGCAUGUCAGGCAGCGAGAUCAAAGACGCAUGUCGUGACGCGGCCAUGUCGCCCAUGCGCGAGUUUAUUCGAACACAGCGUGCGGCCGGGACACCCAUGUCCAGCAUCGACCCCACUCAAGUCCGGGGAAUCCGUACUGAUGACUUCUUCACCAGGAAGGGGGCUGGACCCCGGGUGGCAAGCAUGGGAGAGAAGAAAAACAGCACGACAAAGCAAAAUUUCGCCACAGAAAAGCAUGCGGAACGCGCAGCGGACAGCGAGUAUGAGGAUGUCGAUGAAGAGCACACGAGACCGGUGUCACCUGAUUAA